UUGCAGCCAGAUACCGCCAACCCAGAAAUAGAGGAAGGAAGAGGAGAAAUCUAGGAGGAUAGGGUGAAACUCCACUUUUGUACAGGAGUGAUUCAGUAGCUGUAACAUGGCAGGGGUGAGACAAGACCCGGUGGGUGCAGAGAGAAGCAUGGCCAGGAUUCCCUCCCCCACCCCGUCUGGCCUGAGUGUGGGGUCAUGUUACAGUGUUAACGGUACUACUCAAACCCUCCUGGACUUGGUACAGACAGCCAAGCAAGACCCAGGACAGAGACCAGAAAUCUUAGAGAGGAUUUACUCAGUGUUGGAGGAGACCAAUGGCAGAGCCAUGUACAAGGGAGACAAGAAGGGGAACACAGCCCUGCACCAUGCAGUGUAUGACGACUGUCUUCCCAUCCUCACCAUCAUGCUGAAGUACACUACCAGCCCAGCUUUCACCACCAGGAACAAGAAAGGCAUGUCUCCCCUGGACCAGGCAUGUAGGGAUGGACAGGUAAAAGCCCUGGUUGCAAUCCUAGAAAGUGUGACCGACCCAGCCUAUUUGCUGAACAAAGCAGACAAGAAUGGCAAAACCCCACUACACUAUGCUGCUAGGCAGGGUCAGCUUGAUGCAGUAGGCAUCCUGUUCUCCUACGGUGUGGAUGCCAAGAUAACUGGGGAUGGGGAAUGGCACAGGACUGCCCUGCACAAGGCAGCGAGGAAGGGGAACUCAGCGAUUGCCGACCUCCUGUUGAACAGGUGUCCCAGCCUGCUGGACAUGCAGGAUGAUAAGGGAUACACUGCACUGCAUGUGGCAGCAAGGGAUGGACAUACAGACUUUGUCAAGGCUCUGGUUGACGGUGGUGCGAAUGUGGAGCUGAAGACUGAUGCAGACUGUACAGCCCUGCAGCUGGCCGUCAGGAAGGGGGAGGACGUCCGCAAGAACAUCAUUGACAUGUUGUCAUGUGUGACUGAGGAACCUGCACAGAAACUGACCCACCCUGCACAGGCUGUGGGCAUCAAGAACAAGGCCAUCCAGUCGGGGGACCUGAGACACCUGGCCUGGGCCCUGAAACAGCCGGCGGUCAACCCUGAUGACCUGAAUGAAGACGGUCUGUCCCCACUCCAUGUCCUGUGUAUCAUGGGGCACCAACAAGCAACCAAGCAGAUAGAUCUUCUCAUCAGAGCAGGAGCCAGUAUAAACCUAGCAGACAAGAGAUCGUACACACCCCUGCAUUAUGCCAUCACCAAUGGACACACAGCGAUCACCAAACACCUCCUGACCAACCAGGCCGACCAUCGCCUGACAACCAAAGAAGGGCUGACAGCUCUACACCUGGUGGCUGAGAAGAAACACAGCUCAGACCUGAAGAUGCUGAACAUUCUGCUGCCUUAUAUGGGCAACGGUGAUAUCAAUAGGCAGGACAAGGAGGGGGACACGGCAUUACAUGAGGCAUGUCAAACAGGCAAUGUGUCCAUAGUGGAGGCCUUGGUGACUAUGGGAGCAGAUGUGACCAUCACUGAUGCCAUGGGAAGGACUCCACUACACGAGGCAGCCCUCUGGGCAACAGGGGAGCCAGUCGAGGCUAUCAUAGAAUCCCUCAUAGAAGCCGGUGCAAACAUGGACCAAGCUGACAAGGAGAAAUGUACACCACUCCACCUAGCAGCUAGAAUGGGUAACUGCAAGGCAGUAAAGAUUCUCAUGUCACACGGUGCAGACCCAAGCAAAGUAGACAAGGAAGGGAACACACCGUACCAACUUGUUUUGAGUAAAGGCCACAGUAACUCUGCAGAGAUGUUUGCAGCCUUGACCUCCACUCCCGGCGGAGCAGCUGCCAUAAACAGUGCUCCCGAGGAGGGCCUCACACCACUGCACAGGACAGCUGAAGAGGGCAGACCAGAGGUGAUGCGUGACCUGAUGCUGGCAGGCGCAGACCCAACCAUCCGAGCAGGAAACAACAUGGAGACACCCAUCGAAACCCUGUACCGCCCCUUCCUGUAUGGAUCACGAUAUGACCAUCAGGUUGCCAAUGACCUGCAGGCAGCAAAGAUGCUGUGUGAGACCCCAGCCAUCCUGGCAACCCCCUCCCCCAUCCUCACAGCCUUGCACCUCCGAGACGUCUUCAAAGAACUGUCACAUGUCAAACAGGACAUCAGACCCGACUACAAGGACCUUGCCCGUCAGUGUGAAAACCUGGCAGCAGCACUGUUAGAGGAGUGUUACAGCAUGGACCAGGCCAGGGUCAUCCUACUGGACAACAAUGCACACAUCUUCAGACUGGCAUUCUCAAAGAAGCACAAACAGUUCAUGGCGACCACCUUUGUCCAGCGGUUGCUUCGUGAGCUGUGGUACGACCGACUCCUUCCCAUUGUUCAGUCCAAGCCUGCCUGGAUGCUGGUUCUCCUCUACAUCUCAUCCCUGAUCCUGCUGCCACUAGCAGGCCUCGCAUACGGUCUCCUGUACAUCUGUGGUACAUGUAACAUUCCUGCAUGUGGUAAUGAAGAAGGGACAGGCUGUUUCAGAUGUAAAUGGAAGGACAACUUCCACAGGUACUUCCGCUUCAUCUUUGUGGACUGCAGACGUAGUGCACUUAUCAAGUUCUGGGCCAACCUCAUGUCGUAUCUGGUCUUCAUCUGCAUCCUGGUUAUCCAGUGUGGGCGACCCUUCCAGGUGAAUGCCCCCCUGGAGGCGAUGGACUACCUGUUGACACUCUGGCUGGCCGGCCAGCUGCUGCAGGAGGCCAAGCAGAUGGUGGAGGCGCCCAACUUCCGGCUGUACAUCACCAACUCUGCCAACUCUGUGGACCUGGUCAUGUUCCUCCUCCUCAUCACCAUCACCUUCUGCCAGGUCCUCGUGGAGCUCACACGCCAGCUGAUAGGUGAUGCGACAGUAGCGGUGGAUCUCCAGAUUGUGGCUGAGAUCUGCACAGGUCUGGUAACCAUCAUUGCCUUCAUGAGACUGACCUACUACAUCCAGGUGCACGAGACAUUUGGUCCUCUCCAGUUGUCUUUCAUCAAAAUGAUCAAAGAUGUGAUCCUGGUCCUGAUGGUACUGAUGGUCGUGCUGAUCGCCUUCAGCUGUGGGGUGGUGGAGGUGUACUCCACAGCAGUGUUGGCAGGUAUGAACAUCACAGAGAAGGCUGCAGCUGUGGACCCCACCCUCCCUGCUGGGGUGCCUAGUGCAGUUCAGGGUAAGAUUUUUGAGAUAUCCAUCCUGUUUAGGAUAUCCUCGGUCCUUCCUGAGCUGUUCUGGGCGCUGUUCGGCCUGUCUGACAUCAACAACUUCAGAACCAGCUUCCUGCCAGCUAACUACACGGGCCAGUGCCUCAUCAUGCUGUACCUGCUCAUCGCAGUCAUCGUUCUGCUCAGCAUGCUCACGGCCAGGAUGAGCGACACUUAUACCACAAUCCGGGAAAGCGCCAAUGUGGAUUGGAACUUUGCACGUGCAGAGUUGGUCAUGGAGUUCCGUGCAUAUGAUGACCUUCCUGUGCCCUUGAACCUGCUGAUGGGACUGCAGACGUUGGUGACAUCAGCGGUCAGACUUGUCAGAGGUUGUCGUAGUGAGGAAAACGAUGACGGUGACAGUACAUCAUCCAAACAUGGGAACAGUUUCAAGCUCCCAUGUUUUGAAACAUUUGAUACCGACCAACCCUCCACAGCUGAGGAAAUCUACAGUGUGAUCCGCAAAGAGUUCACGCUGCCCAGCGAGGGCUCAGGGGUCAGCCAGAUGGCCCAUGUCCAGGACAAGAUGACCACCAGGUUACAGAAACUGCAGAAGGACAUCAACUCUGUGACCAAGGAGGUCAUCAAGGCAGGGAUAGCAGAUAACAAGGAAAUGCUUGUGCUACAAGGCAAAUUCUCAGCUUUACAAAAACAUGUACAGCGGCGCGCAAACAAAAACAAGCUUAGAAAGAAGUGAUUUGAUGUGGAAUUCUACAUCUGAUUACAUUUCCACAUGAAGAACUGUAAAAUACUGUAAUAGAAAAUAAAUCAAGCAAAUGGAUACAUGUCAGAUAGCAUCCACUAUCUUUCAUCAGUGACUGAGAAUGAGGCUCAUUUAAUGUAAAUAAUACAUGGAUAUCUAACCUUCAUCAAUGCAACUAACUAUAUCCUGAAAAAAAAAGUAUUUCAAGACGAAUUAUAGAUAUAACCGUUAGCUUGGUGGUUUCCUGUUGCAUGCAUGCUCGUGGUGUCUUGGAUUAAGAAAAUUUUAGUAAAUGAUGAUACAAUCAUAUACUACUGUGGGGAACAAAGAUUGACAUCAAAAUAACAAGACUGCCACAGAUUUCAUGGGAAGGCUAUUGUUGUAGAACAAUAAAAAAUGAUGUGUUCCAGAACAGAACGUGGCCAACAUAAAUAGUUGUCCUUGGCCACAGCCUGUGAUUUAAGUUUUUUCUCUCUGACCAGCGAUUCAAGAGAAUUUGUGGACUUUGAUGACAGUGGCAAAGUCAACCAGUCCUCAUAUUGAGAAACACAAAAAAUUAUCUAUUCAUCCAAGUUAAAAUCAAAGGAACACCAUUGUUGAAAAACAAGAAAGGCAACCUGUUCCAGAACACGUUGUUCUUGACAACAUGUGAUUCAGACCCACUGGUGGCUGUUGUACUCGACUCCUACCAGUGACACAAGAGAAUUUGAUGGACUUUCAGCAUUGUAAAAUUCUUGGUUGUGUUGAUUGUCCAAGACAAAGCAUCCCAGAUAUGUCUACUCUACCAGUGGUCAGAUCCAAUGUCAGGCUUGGUGACUGCGUCCGUCACCUGGCUGACAGCCUGGCGGAUUUAUCUUGGCUGGACAGUCACGAGAUCGACAGAGAAGUAGAAACAGUGUUGGCAAAGCCUCCAGCACCUCGAGUGCACCACAACAUUCAGCCAAAUGACAUCAGCAGUGAUGACAGUGAGUCCGACUUGUCCAAUGAUUCAGAGUCUGACUCAGAAGACGACACUCCACCUAGCUUGUCUGAAGAUGAAGAAACCAGCUCGGACAGUGACGGGCACUGCGAAGAUUCAGCACCAUCUAAUGUUUGUGAGACUACAGAGAUCCCAGUUGCCAAAGCCCACUGCUUGGGUGAUCUGAUGAGAAGGCAGGAGAGAUACUUGUCACCAAAGCUGCAUUCGACUUCAUUUGAUGACGAUGCUUCUGAUGCUGGUUCUUCUUCAAGCAAUUUCGAGAACGUGUACAGCAUCUCAUGGCUAUUUGGUGAGGAUGAGCAACACAAUGAUGGACACAAGACAUUAGAGUCAUCUGUACCACAAGUCGGAUCCCUCUCCUCAGAGACUGGGAAAGUCAGUGUCCAGUUAAAGAUUGACGUCAGAAGUCUAGAGGCUCUCACUUUGGUUAAAGGCAGCGUCAAGACGGGACAACAGAGAUUCGGCAGGAACAAAUCAUGGCACCGACGGGCCUGGAAACAGCUGAAAAGGCUGUUCACCUGCUGUGUUAAGUCAUCAGAGGACUGAUUGUAAUGAUGGACACUAAAUGAAU